AUGCCCAAUGCUUUGACGAUGUUCAAGGCUGAUCCGAACCUUUGUGCAUCGUGGUUGCAAUCUUUUGAUGCCUACGCAGUCACUGUCCAGGGCAAUUUGGUCAUCACCACGCCCAACAUGGACUUCGUCCCUCAGUUCCACCACUUCGAGGAAGAAAAUGUACAAGCACGUGCCGAUGGGCGUUUUGGUGUCAUCAACUGCUUUCAAUGGCCUCAAGCCUACGACAACAUCUUUUGCAAUUCUGUCUGCAUUCCCUGUAAGGAGCUCUACCCAUUCCCGCACCCGCUUCACUGGGCAUGGUUCACCCCCAACCAAAAGGACUUCAAGGCCAUUCCAGGCAACUCAUUUCCUGUAGGCACAUUAGCUUCUGACAAGGUCGAAGGAUUGGAGUCACUCCUGAAAAUGGCAGACAAGCGUGUCCAGGACUGGAGGGCCAAUCGACAAGGCAAGAACGACGUCAUCAUCAAUCGCGUUGCAUCUCUUCGACAUGGUAUCUCGCGGCUCAAAAAACAUCCCCUAACCUUUCGCGAUCUCCUCAUCUUCGUCACAGAUGCCCAACGCCUAUUCCUUGAAAUUCACUCCUUCAUGGAUUGGGUUCUCAUCACCCAACCUCGCAUCUCCUCCGGCAUUGGAGCCAACACUGUCAAUUCAGCCUGGAUGGGCACUUUCACGCACGACAGUGACAUGUGCAACAAGCUCCACAUGGCUGGUGUCCCCGUCUGGUAUGUCUGUACAAUGGCGUACAUACCCGCUAAUAUGAAGGUGAUGAAACCCGUAUUAAUCACACAUCCGGAUGACAUCGUCAUCUCGAUGUAUGCAGAGGGCAACAAAAUCCACCCCUACGACAUCAUCUAUCAUGGUCAAGGUGGCCACCAGCGUCAACUUCACGUUCGCCGCCUAUACAGUGGCACAACUUUCAAAAAUCCUGAUGGGCCGGUUGCUUCAACAAGCAGUUUCUCUACGCCCAGUUCUUCUACUCUUCUGUCAUGCUCUAAGCCAUCCGCUGCUGCUGGAAAGGCCCCUCAAAAAAAUGUGAGAGAGGCUCGGCCCACCCAACCGUCCCAGUCAGGCAAAUCCAGGGACAAGUGGAAAGACCCUGAAAGCCCAUAUCUUCCGCUGUCUAUCCUACACUGGGAUGAUGCCCUCAAAACUUGCACAAAGGAUCCGUCUUAUUCCCCAAACCCACUCUUCUCCUCAGUCCAAAGCUACCAGAGCGCCUGCAAGGUUAUAUUACCACCUAGCUCGCUUGUCCUCUGGCGCAACUUCCUUGGCAGCGGAUUGACAACCCAAUCACAAGGUGCUGCGCCCAAAGGCAAAGAUCCCAAAAAGAAGGGUCUUACGGCAGCGGAGAAGCGAAAGGCGGUGAUGAGGGACUUAUUUGGUGACGAUGUGUUGGAGACUCACGGAGAUUUGUUUGCACCAGAAGGAUCGGUGGAAUUUUGCGGCGAACAAGUGUCGGUUGCCAGUCUCGCUAACCCUCCACGCCGUCUCGCCCAAAGGAUUACAUGGGAGUUAUAUGAGCUCGGUUUCUGUUACAAACUGAGGGAUCUCGAUUGCCACUUAGUCCAUAAACGCUGGGCAGAUGAUCCGACCAGUUGCGAGCAACUCCUUCAUUCCAUAUUUCCAGGCGAGGCUGGUUUGGUCAUGUGGUCAGAGCCAUUUCCGGGGGAUAACUACGGCAUGUGGAAUAACACCUUAAUUGGUGUUCUGCCUUACCUGGAAAAAUUCCGGGAACUCCUCUGUGCUUGGAACAAUGUCCCGCCGCUUCUGGUUGUGCCUCUGACCCCAGAAAACUUCACCGAUACCAAGUGUUGGGAAGUCAUGCAUGCUACAACUACCUUUUAUGUGCAGACAUUCUUUUGUCAUUUUGGCAGGCCCCCCAUCGUUCCUCAUUCCCUCCCUUUGUAA